AUGAAGGCCAACACCCUCGUCCUCGCUGCCACUCAGGCCCUCCUCGCUGCCGGUAACCCGGUGCCGGAGGUCCAAGAGCGCCAGUCCUGCCCGGGCGUCCACGUAUUCGGUGCCCGCGAGACAACUGUGUCCCCGGGUUUUGGCUCAUCUGGUACCGUUGUGAACCUGAUCACACAAACCUACUCCGGCUCCACCUCUGAAGCCAUCAGCUACCCUGCCUGUGGCGGCCAGGCCUCUUGUGGAAGCGUCAGCUAUGCGGACUCGGUCAAGCAGGGUGUUUCUGCCGUCGUUAGCGCAGUGAAUGCUUUCAACACGAAGUGCCCCAACACCAAUCUCGUAUUGGUUGGUUACUCCCAAGGCGGCCAGAUCUUUGAUGACGCCCUGUGCGGAGGAGGCGAUACCGCCGAGGGCAUCACCAGCACUGCCGUUCCCUUGUCUUCGGCGGCUGUUGCGAAGAUCAAGGCUGCGAUCUUCAUGGGUGACCCUCGCUUCGUCGCCGGUCUCUCCUACGAGGUUGGCACUUGCAAGGCCGGAGGGUUCGAUGCCCGCGCCUCGGGCUUCUCGUGCCCAAGUGCCGCUAAGAUCCAGUCGUACUGCGACGCAGCUGAUCCUUACUGCUGCAACGGCAGCAACGCUGCCACGCACCAAGGUUACGGGAGUGAAUACGGGCAGCAGGCUCUCACUUUUGUGAAGAGCAAGAUCGCUGCUUAA